CCGGCACCAACUCACCGACACCAACCAACCCACCGACACCAACCCACCCACACCAACCAACCCACACCAUGAAGACCACCAUAUUGUGCUUCGUCCUCAUCUUAUCCAUCGCCUGCCACCGAGGACACACCACCUCCACCAACCAGCAGGAUGAAGUAAUACACGCUGAGCACAAUCUACUCCAGGAGGAGACCAGUGUACAGGAAACUCGGCUCCGAUCCAAGCGCCAUUCCCCCCUCUCUAUCUGCCGUUUUUGCUGCAACUGCUGCAAGAACAAGGGCUGCGGUUUAUGCUGUCUGACCUGAACCCUGCCGGAAAUGGCUGCGAUACAGACGCCCCCCCCCCCCAGCCACUGACUCCCCCCUGGGAAUGGAAGGAUAGACAAGGGACUCGCAUGUGUCUACCAUUGCAACCACACUGUGCCCACCAUUUCAGCCACACUGUGCCCACCAUUUCA